AUGUCUAUCAUUUUAGCAGAAGGGCAUAAGAUUCCAUAUUCUAUCUAUCUAUCUAUCUAUCUAUCUAUCUAUCUAUCACAUCCUGUUCAUAUCUAUCUAUCUAUCUAUCUAUCUAUCUAUAUAUAUAUAUAUAUAUAUAUAUAUGUCGAUAAACCUCAACAACAUUUCUUUUGUGCUUCUAUCUCAAUCCGUUCAUAUCUAUCUAUCUAUCUAUCUAUCUAUCUAUCUAUCUAUUCUAUAUCUUUAGCUUUCUCUCUCUCUCUCCCUCUCUAUCUAUCUAUCUAUCUAUCUAUCUAUCUAUAUAUAUAUAUAUAUAUAUAUAUAUCACAUCCUGUUCAUAUCUAUCUAUCUAUCUAUCUAUCUAUCUAUCUAUCUAUCUAUCUAUCUAUCUAUCUUUGUCUCUUUAUAUAUAUCUAUCACAUCCUGUUCAUAUUUAUCUACCUAUCUAUGUAUCUCAGUCUCUUUUUUAUAUAUCGUUUACCCCAGUGA